CCUUGUCUGCUUGUUCGUUCGCUUGUCUCUUGUGUCUCCGCCUUCGGCGUUCUUUCCACUCAGUUUUUUUUUCAAAAAAAAGCCCCACGCGAAUUUUUCGGAUUUUCCCUGGUUUUUUUCGCCACAAAAACGAUCCUUGAUUUUUGAAAGACAUUUGUUUAUUGUGAUCAAGGGAGCAAAAGGGAGGCGAAACAAAACAACAACCUGCCGAUUGCGAGGGGAAAUAUGUAAAUAAACAAAAACAGCUGGAAGAUAAACUGACUUGGGCACAUUCCACGGAGCAGGGAACAGACCUCAAAUGACUGAAGUCGAUGUCGUUCUGCCGGAGGGCGUGGCCGAGCCCACGACAAAGCUUGCCAGCGCAUCAAGUUCACCGAAACAAACCAAAACCACAGCAGAGGAUGAUGAGCAUAGGCUCAGAGCGGAGGACGAGGAGGAAAGGCGGCCGGCUGGGGAGCAGAAAGUAGAGGAGUCGCCACCUACGGAGAAGCUGGAACCCGCUGGAGACAAGGACUUAGCCAUGGAGGAUGUGGCAGAGGCUUCCCCCCAAGCUCCGGCGCCCGAGGAGCUAAUGGAGGUGGGCGACAACGAGGAAGUGGUCGAAAGCCACCUGGAAAACGACGACGAGGACUCACAGAUCACCAGCAGUAGCUCCAAGGAGCCCAAGCUGGAUGAGGAGGACGAGGAGGAAGGGGCCACCACCAACGGAGACGGGGAUCACGAGCCCGAAGACGACGACGAGGCCGAGAAGAUCGGCAGCACGGCGGAAAACAGCUGCGAGGCCGAAGAUCCCCUGGGAGCAGCGACAGUGCAGGAGGAGGAACUACGCAAAGGGAAGAAGGCCCAUCUGGAUGCCGUGGAGAGUGUGGCCAGCGAAGAGGACGAUGAGGAGGAGCCCAAAUCCAAGCAGGAGAAUGGCUUCGGAGCCAGUCCCAACCAAAAAGAGAAUGGGCAGGCCAGUUUAGCAGAAACAAAAGCGGCAGUCGCCUCCUCAGACGGCGGCGUGGUCAACCUGGACGAGGAUAGUGACGAGGAAAUGGAGGAUCUCCCGGCACACAAAGAGCCGGCCAAGCCCACCGAGAAGGCUGCCAACCCGGUGCCAUCCAGUGGAGGCGACUCCUCCGACGAUGCUGUGCUGAUAGCCUCCGAUUCGGACACGGAGUCCCCGGCUCCACCGCCGCCAGUGAAAAAGCUUUCCCCAGCGACACCAGUAGUCAAGGCCACGCCGCCACCGCCUAUCGUUCAAGAGGACGAGGAUGAUGACGACGACGAUGACUGCGUGGUGAUCGAGGACGACACACCGCCAAGUAUUUCCCCCAGCGGCAAGCGCAAGUGCGAUCUGGACGAGCUGCAGCAGCAACCCAGCCACAAGAGGCAGCGCAGCUCGACGCCCUCGGGAUUAGGCCAGCUGACUAUCAAGGACGCCCGAUCUCUGAUGCCCCACGACGGCGUUUCGUCCUCGGUGCCCGGACCCAGGGAUUCUGUCUACCCCGUUACCAUAACAAAUGCCGUGACGGGGGCAGCCACCAAUCUGGGCGUGGUGCCACCGAAGCUGGUUCCCAUGGCGGGAGGCUUGGGCGCCAGCCCAGUGCAGCUGAAUCCGCCGACGCUCUCGCUCACCGGACUGCCCAGCAUGACCAACAACGCCAACCUGCUGCCCGGCCUCACUGACGACAUGUUCGUGCUGGAAGCGCCUUCCUUCAUUGUGCCCUACAUCUACGAAAAGCCGCCGCACGAGAACAUCUGCGAGGUGGUCAAGGCCAUCGAAACCAAGUACGCGCUGUCCGCCGAGGAUUUGGCCGAGGCGGACAAGGGCGACGAGUUCGACAUGAUGACCGAGCAGAACAAGGAAGACAAGCCGGCGGAUCAGGAUGAUCAGGGGAGCAAGAAAAAGAAGAAGAAGCGCGGCGACGACGAGUCCUGGUCGGAGCAGUCGGACGACGAUGACGACGAGGACGACGACGAUGAUUCAGAAUCGGGGGUGCGCACCAAGGUGCUUAUCAAGGAGGCGAACGACGAUCUGAGCGCCCUGAAGGUGGCCAUCAAGCCAGCGGCCGCCUUGGCCACGUCCGGCGGAGCGGCGCUUAACAAUCCGGGAGGCAGCAAGCCCGGACAGGAGAACUACUUUGAGAGUCCGCUGGGCAAGUUCUUCAUGGACAUCGGCGUGGGCCUGGUGCAGGAAUACGUUCAGGCAGAUCUACUGCGACUGCAGAAGCGCAAGAUGCGCAAGGCGCAGGUCCAGAAUCCCAAGGAAUUCGAGAUGGCCAUCAAUGCGCUGUCGGGCAACCUGCAGGCGUCGAAGACGAAAAACGCCCCCUUCAAGUUCCGGAUGAAGCGAUGCGAGUUCUGCAACUUCAAGUCGGAGUCGGCCAUGGCGAUGGCAAACCACUACGAGACGCCGCACAUGAACGGCGUGCUGUACAAGUGCAACUUCUGCACGUUCGAGAUACGGAACGCCACGGAGAUCGUAUACCACAUGGAGGCGGUGCACAACAUCAAGGCGCGCCUGAUCAAGCCACUGCCCUACCACCAGUGUCCCAACUGCGGCUUCGAGGACAACGGAAAGGCUAAGCUAGCGCGCCACCAGCCUGUUUGCGCCAAGAAGUUCCGGCCAGAGUUGAACCUAGCGCCGCCCAACGACUGGGAGGCCCCGGCCAAGAUACCGCGCAUCAAGCCACGUCAUGGUCUCGUAGGCACUGCCACCGCUUAUCAGGCUAUGGCUGCACAGGCGGCGGCACAGAAGGCCGCUCUGGCCAACAUCCAGCAGCAGCAGGCGGCGGCGCAGGCCAGAAAUAAUCUCCAGGCAGCAGCGCUGGCCGCCCAGAACGCUGCUAAGAUGCGACAACGAGCGCCGCAGCCACCCAAACAGAACAUGGUGCGAAAUCCGGCGCCUGUGCGCGGGGGCAACUCGAUGAAUGCGGGCUUGUCACUGCCGAACAGUUACCAGCUCGCUGCUGGUCAGCUUGUCCAGGCAUCCAAGAAGCCGAUGGCCGGACAGCCCAGUAUCUCGAUAACGCCAUUACCUCGACAGAGCUCGGUGGGCGUAGGAGCGGGUGCCUCGUCCAGCAAGGCGCCUCAAGCGGCCGCAGGUAUGAAGCCCGGCCAGAGUCCUAGCGGCAAUAACAAGGCGCAGUUUGUCAUCUGCGAGAUCUGCGAUGGCUACAUUAAGGAUCUGGAGCAGCUGCGCAAUCACAUGCAGUGGAUGCACAAAGUGAAGAUUCACCCCAAGAUGAUCUACAACAGGCCGCCAUUGAAUUGCCAAAAGUGUCAAUUCCGCUUCUUCACGGAUCAGGGAUUGGAGCGGCACUUGCUAGGCUCUCAUGGCUUGGUCACAAGUUCUAUGCAGGAGGCUGCCAACAAGGGCAAGGACGCAGGUCGCUGCCCAGUUUGUGGAAGGAUGUACCAAUGGAAGUUGCUGAAUCACGUGUCGCGCGAUCACCACAUGACCCUGAAGCCCGCUCACCUGUCCUACAAGUGCACCGUUUGUACGGCAACCUUCGGCAUGUACAAGCAGUUCGAGACGCAUGUGUACACCGCUCACAGUACUGUGGCGCGGAAAGCGAUGGACAGCAAGAAGAACAGCGCGCAGUCCAGUGGGUCGGGAUCCGGAGCAGGGAUGUCGCGCAGUUCGCUGGGAGCGGCCAACGACUCGCUGCUGAAGCCGCUUAAGAUCAACGAUGAGAUCACCAUCAUCCCACAGCCCGCAUCGAAGCCACGCAUCACAAAUAUGGAGAGUCAUGUUAUAGAUUAAAUAGCGUGUUGGAUCAACCAAAAACCUAAUCUCGCAAAGUUUGCAGCAUCGACAGCGCUUUAACAUUAGUUUUGUUUUUAAGCCGAACGAGACCUUGCCACCCCAAGGUCACGCCCUUUUACUUCUGCAAAACGAAUUGUAUAAAGAGCAUGAGUUUAAACCGAAACCGAAGCUGAGGAGAAUGAGAAGGAGGAUGCGGAUGAGCAGAAUGGAGGGCCGGAGGGUUGGCCACCUGACCUGUGACCCCUGACUAAACUAAACUAGAGUAGCCCGUACUUGCUUCAGUUGAAGCGGCCACACACCAGCUACAGGAUACGCGAUACACAUAACGCUACGGCAUAGAUACAGAUACAGAUUACAGAUACAGAUAGAGAUACUAGUUACGGAUUUUAGUUACAUACGUUUUGGAGUGUGCACAUAAGUUGAAGUUGUAGCUACUACUAAAAUAUACCACGUACAUACAUAUAUAAUUAACUAUAUUUAAUGCAUAUUAUGAAGAAGCCGCCAGAGCGCCAUCGUCAGCAUGAUGAAUAUGUAAAUUAGUUAAAAACUAAACUAUUUAUACAAGAACUAAGAGUAUCCAAAUGUGUGUUGCAGUAUGUAUAUACAUUUUGAAUAGGUCCCCGCCCACGUAAUUGUCGCGCUUCGCUUUGAUCUCCCCUCGAAUCUUUCAGCUUUCUGUGCGAUUGAUUGGUGGACGAGGCAGUGGCGUGAUUCGGAGCGGAGCGGAGCGCGGGCUAGGACACUUCUACACUGAUCUGAGAGACGUUCGACAUUUUAUUUUUUGUGUACAAGUUUAAACUUAUGUUUAUAUUAUACAUUAUCUAUUAAUAUUAAAGUAUAUAUCAUCUAUUACCGCCUAAGACCCCAUGUACUACAGUUAUAAAGCAACCCAUACACACAACCAACCAACCAACCAAGCAACCAACAACAACAACAAACAAACUGAAAAUGAGAAAAUUAAAAACCUAGUUAAUACAAAGUG